AUGUCAUUCCGCGCGCCUUUUGCGAUCCCUCGUCGGAUCUUGAGCAGUGCUGCCACCUCGGCCCUCCGGCCCGCGACGGGCGGUUAUGUGACGUGUUAUAGCAAUCCACGUCGCGGCCUCGCAACAGCAGUACCACCGGUGACUCAGGAUGCUACGAGCUCGAAGGGACCGACUGCGAUGGUCUUCUUGAAUAUGGGUGGACCGUCGACAACGAACGAGGUGGAGGAUUUCCUGAGCAGGCUCUUUACCGAUGGCGAUUUGAUUCCCCUGGGACGAUUCCAAUCCUAUCUCGGCCCGUUGAUUGCGAAGCGCCGGACCCCGAAGAUCCAGAAGCAGUAUGCUGACAUUGGAGGUGGCUCGCCCAUCCGCAAAUGGUCCGAGUACCAGUGUGCUGAGAUGUGCAAGGUGCUUGAUCAAAUAUCUCCGGAGACUGCGCCACACAAGCCCUACGUCGCAUUCCGCUACGCUGCUCCCUUGACGGAGAUGAUGUAUCAACAGCUGUUGGACGAUGGAUUUGGAAAUGGGAAGGGAGGUCGUGCUGUUGCUUUCACGCAAUAUCCGCAGUACUCUUGCUCCACGACAGGAAGCUCGCUAAAUGAGUUGUGGAAGUGGCGAAAUCGCCUGGAAGGCAGCCAGGCUGACCCGACUGGAGCUAUCCAGUGGAGUGUCAUCGACCGGUGGCCAACCCACCCCGGUUUGGUCGAGGCCUUUGCGCAAAAUAUCGAGGCCCAGUUGAAGACCUAUCCGGAAGAGAAGAGGGAUAAGGUGGUGUUACUAUUUUCCGCUCACAGCUUGCCCAUGAGCGUUGUCAACCGCGGUGAUCCCUAUCCCUCCGAAGUCGCCGCCACCGUUCAUGCCGUCAUGCAGCGCCUGAACUUCAGCAACCCGUACCGUUUGUGCUGGCAAUCCCAGGUUGGUCCCUCCGCAUGGCUCGGGGCCCAGACCAGCGAUACCGUCAUGCAAUAUGUCAAGCGCGGCCACACGGAUUUGGUCCUUGUGCCUAUCGCUUUCACCAGCGAUCACAUUGAGACUCUAUAUGAAUUGGAUUUGGAGGUCAUGGAAGAAGCCAACAGCCCCGGCGUCAAGCGCGCUGAGAGCUUGAACGGCAAUCCGACCUUCAUCAAGGCUCUGGCGGACGUCGCUCACAAGCAUCUGCAGAAGGGAGAACCCUGCUCAGCUCAGAUGACACUGCGCUGCCAAGGCUGUAAGAGCGAGCGAUGCCUGGAGCAGAAGAAGUUCUUCGCCGGUAAACAGCACGGUGCUCUGGUGAUGUAA